AUGGAGGCGGCAGCAAGCGGGGGCUGCGGCUCUGGACCGCCGCUGCUGCUGAGCGAGGGCGAGCAGCAGUGCUACUCUGAGCUCUUCGCGCGCUGCGCCGGCGCCGCAGGCGGGGGCCCCGGGUCCGGGCCCCCUGAGGCCGCCAGGGCCGCCCCCGGCGCGGCCACCGCAGCCUCGGGCCCCGUGGCCGACCUGUUCCGGGCAUCUCAGCUGCCCGCCGAGACGCUGCACCAGAUCACAGAACUCUGUGGUGCCAAGCGGGUUGGUUAUUUUGGUCCAACGCAGUUUUACGUUGCCCUGAAAUUAAUUGCUGCAGCACAGUCUGGCCUCCCCGUGCGGAUAGAGAGUAUUAAAUGUGAACUGCCGCUGCCUCGCUUUAUGAUGUCAAAAACUGAUGCUGAGAUCCGGUUUGGGAACAUGGCUGAGCUGCAUGGAACUAAAGUUCAGAUUCCAUAUUUAAUCACAGAAAAAAAUACCUUCAAAAGAAUGGAGGAUGAGGAUAAACAGCAGGAAACGCAGUCUCCCACGAUGUCACCCCUCGCCUCCCCUCCUUCUUCCCCGCCUCAUUACCAGAGGGUGCCCUUGAGCCAUGGCUACAGCAAACUGCGGAGCAGCACGGAGCAGAUGCAUCCAGCUCCUUAUGAAGCUAGACAGCCCCUUGUCCAGCCUGAGGGACCCUCGUUGGGGGGCCCAGGAGCCAAACCCCUUCGGCAUCAGGCUUCCCUUAUCCGGUCCUUUUCAGUGGAGAGAGAACUGCAGGAUAACAACAGUAGUUACCCAGACGAACCCUGGAGGAUAACGGAAGAGCAGCGAGAAUAUUAUGUCAACCAGUUCCGGUCCCUUCAGCCUGAUCCGAGUUCCUUCAUUUCAGGUUCUGUGGCCAAGAACUUCUUCACCAAAUCAAAGCUUUCCAUUCCAGAACUCUCCUAUAUAUGGGAACUGAGCGAUGCUGACUGCGAUGGAGCCCUGAGCCUGCCGGAGUUCUGUGCUGCGUUUCAUCUCAUUGUGGCCCGGAAGAACGGCUACCCACUGCCUGAGGGCCUGCCUCCAACUCUGCAGCCGGAGUACCUGCAAGCAGCCUUUCCUAAGCCCAAGUGGGAGUGUGCGUUAUUUGAUUCUUACUCUGAGUCAAUACCAGCAAACCAACAAGCCCGUGACUUGAAUCGGAUGGAGAAGCUAUCUGUGAAAGACAUGGCCGAGUUUCCUGUCCCUACCCAAGAUGUGACUGGUGAUGACAAACAAGCUUUGAAGAGUGCUACGGAUGAAGCCUUACCAAAGGAUAUGUCCGAGGAUUCAGCCACUCCUAAGGAUUCCAACAGUCUCAAAGCAAGACCAAGAUCCAGAUCCUACUCUAGCACCUCCAUAGAGGAGACCAUGAAGAGGGGCGAGGACCCUCCCACCCCGCCACCGCGGCCACAGAAAACGCAUUCCAGAGCCUCCUCCUUGGAUCUGAAUAAAGUCUUCCAGCCCAGUGUGCCAGCUUCUAAGUCAGGAUUGUUACCUCCACCACCCGCGCUUCCUCCGAGACCUUGUCCAUCGCAGUCUGAACAAGCGUCUGAGGCCGAGUUACACCCCCAGCUGAACAGAGCCCCUUCCCAAGCUGCGGAAAGUAGUCCAACAAAGAAGGACAUACCGUAUUCUCAGCCCCCAUCAAAGCCCAUCCGUAGAAAAUUCCGACCUGAAAAUCAAGCUACAGAAAAUCAAGAGCCUACUACUGCUGUAGGCGGGCCAGCUUCUGUAGCAACCGUGAAACCCCAUCCAACAGUCCAAAAACAGUCUUCCAAACAGAAGAAGGCUAUUCAAACUGCUAUCCGCAAAAAUAAAGAGGCAAAUGCAGUGCUGGCCCGGUUGAACAGUGAACUCCAGCAGCAGCUCAAGGAGGUUCAUCAAGAACGGAUUGCAUUGGAAAACCAACUGGAACAACUUCGUCCAGUCACUGUGUUGUGACCCCCAAGAUUCAAGUAACAGUGGGUGACCUUUCCUGCCAAGAUCUUUCCUUUGAAUGUUUCAACGCAGCUACUUGUCGUAGAUGUCUGAGACUGUGUCAAAAGCUCUUAGCAGCGGAAUAUAAUCCAUAUCACCUUUUCUCCUAUGCUUCACGUGUACGUUUUACUGUGGUGGAAAAAGUACAACUGAUUAUCACACUUGAAAUUGUAACUAUCAGUGGAAUUUACCCCCCAUUCUUAAGUACUGCCUCAAGGUGUUAGAUGUUGCUCCUUACCCCAAACCAAUCUUCUAGCAAAUAAAAACAAUUUAGAGCAUUACUUAUUUAAAGAAUUUAUGACUUGUACAAAACCUUGUAAUCCAGUACCUUCAGGAUGCUUGUUUUAUUUUCGUAUGUAUAUCAUAUACAGUAGAUUGGUUUCCUGAAUAAUUGUGAUUCCAGCUGGAUAGUCUUUGGCAUGAUGAUAAUAAAAACAAAAAGUAGAAGAAAACAAAAGCAUUAGCUUUAGACUGGCGCUGUGCCCUCCACCACUAUAUGCCAAAAAUUGCUUCUCGAGUGCCAUCUUGAUAUUAUAUCUAGCUAUAAAUAAUACAUGACUGUUGUUUUCUAUUGAAUGGCAAAGACUUAUUCAGUCUUUACACCUCUGUAAAGUAGUAGUUCUGUCCAUGAUCUAUUUAACUUGGCCCAGCUAAGCCGUCAACCCAGACAACUCAGCCCUUUCAUGUAGAUUUUUGGGCAAGAACAAUCUGCCUGAACUGCCUUGCCCGAUCAAAUUAAAUAAAUAGUUGCCAGAUCUCUACUUUUAUCCUGCAUGGGUUAACAUAGCUGUAAAUGCAUGAAUUUGGAAACCACCCAUCAAAUGUGAACGGCUGAUGAGACUGUUUGGACUGAUAAAUAUUUGUUGUUUGAACCCAGGUAUUCAAACUAGGGAAGAAGGGGCAAUGGUUGUUACCAGUAAUCCAACAAUCUCUGGUAGUUAUUUUUGUCUUUGUUAUUUUAACCCGGAUCGUGAGUGUAUUGGGUAUGAAGAAAUAAUGAAAGAAAGGCGAGCCUCACACUGGAUAUAUGACUAUUUUGUUCUCUGUGAAGUGUACCCUUGGGAAGGGAUUGGUUUAUGUGCAGUUCAGAGGCGCCCAACCGACUCCAGCGUAAGUGAUGUAAAACAGUAAGCUCAAAUUGCAGAAGCCAGUACUCUAUAGAAAUUUACAUAGCCUCUGCUUCUCCUGUAAGCUCAAGUUGAAAGUGGGAAUUGAUCGACCCUCCCAGGUAUCCGGCCUCGCCAGCUUUAACAUCACUUCAGGAGACGGAUGGCAAGACAUGCGGUCUCUUGUGCAUUUUGCUAAUUUACCGAUUCUUAGGAUAGAGGGGUGGGGUGUGCUCGGGUCCUUUCUGAAGUGGUUUAGGAUAGGUUUGCGGUAUGCGGGACUAAGCCUUUGAUUUCAAUAGAGUUGACUGCUUUUAGAAGAAGUAGGCUUUUAUUUUUAAUGCUUUCUUACUCCAUUAAGCUUUAUAAAUAGCUUAAUGGCAGAAGAGAAACGCUCAAACAGAUGAUGUUUUUCCAAAAAAACCCAAAUUGUUGAUUCUGUUCUGUGCAUAUUAAAGGAUUCUGAAUUGCUUGGAUUUUGAAAAUCACAGGACUUGAACUAUUUCUAUCGUCCCCCUUUCCUUCCCUUUUGGCUGCCUUUUUUGUCCCUGUGGGAGGGGUUCAGAGUCAGUUUAAACCCUUCCUAAGAUUAUGAAUGGGUGAGUGCACAUUUUUUAGGUAACCUCUUUUCACUUGUUCUGAGAUCUGGGGGCUGCAACACAUUUUAUCAACAGUGUCCUUGUCACAGACGUUUCAUAUCAUGUCUGCCUUUUGUUCCAUUCAAUCCAGGAAAGACUAGCGUAUGCACUUCAUCUCAUAGUCUUCCAGGACAUGUGCACACACUCCAGAUAGUACUUCAUAUCCAUUAAGUAGACAUAUAAACGAAAGAAUGUUAGUCUAUGUUAUGCAUUUUAAAAAUAUUGACAUGUUUUUCUCCCAUCAAGCCAAGGCCAGAGUGAGCCAAAUUAGGAGGUUGGGGUUUUGUUUAGUUAGCUUGGUUUUCAUUAAAGGAAAAAACUUGCAUUGGACAAUCAAAGCCUCAUGCGUGGCACAGUCUAACCAGUAAUUUAGCAUAGGCAUUGCAUUAAAGCCCACACCAAUAAUAUCUCCACCCCACCUUCUUGACCGGACCUAAGAGUGACCACAGUUUCUUAGUUGCCUAGAAGAGG